UGUCAUAACUGUCUUUCACGGCAGUCGGUCAGUAGCGCCAGGACGUAUCGGAUUUACUGUCAUCAGUGUUCCCCAAUCUGAACGAUAACUUAGUAGCCGUCACAUAGUUUCAGAACCGGAGAUAGCGUGAUUGUGAGUGACUAUUCCUAGUAUUCGUGGGUGUGUAUGGUGUAUUGUAAAGCCGGUUGUCAUCAACCAGUUGGACACGCCCACUUGUCUUUGCUUUUCCGGUCUGAACAAGGGAGAAAACUCGUCCGCGUCAUCUCAGCACAUUCAAAAUGGCGGCUUUUCACUACAAUUACGCGAUUGUGUCUCGUAUCCCCAACAGUUUCAAAGAUAAAGCGAUAACAAAAGAUCAUUGCCAGAUCGACUUAGAGAAGGCGAGAGCGGAGUACAGGAAUCUACUGACUGUGCUGCAGUCAUGCGAUAUAAACCUGAUCGAACUUCAGGAAGAUGAGAAGUACCCGGACUGUUGUUUUGUCGAGGACACUGCUGUUGUGAUCGGGGGAACAGCUCUCAUCACUCGCCCAGGCCAUCCAUCGAGACAAGGAGAGGUUGGUGAGAUCCGCAGAGUUCUGAAAAAUGACCUUCACUUCAAUGUGAUUGAGAUGAAAGUGGCUGAUGCCAAGCUGGAUGGAGGAGAUGUCUUGUUUACAGGAAAAGAAAUUUUUGUCGGCGUUGGCAAAAGAACAAAUGAAGCUGGAGCAGGUGCAGUUGCACUUGCAUUCAUAGAUUACGAUGUCAGCCCCAUCAACAUCGGCGACACAGAUGUCCUUCACCUUAAAGAUGCUAUCAACGUCAUUGGACGUAACGAGCUGGUAGUUGCUGGGGGCGACGGUCCAAGAACUAUCAUGAAGCGUAUGGAUUGCUUGAAGACGUACAACUGCAAGAUUCUGCAGAUGCCGAGCCCACUCGGGGCAGACAUGCUGUACAUGAAUGGCCGACUCAUCCACAGAACCAACGAAGAACUCACCAAGGAGGGCUACGGGCUGCUGGAUGAGAAGCUGCAGUGCACACGCCACCAACUGCACCUGGGGGAACUGACCAAGGCGUACGGAACCAUCAGCAGCUUGUGUAUACUACUCCGUAUCAACCGGCGCCAGCAGAAGGUUCUGUCCAACGUCACAGAUCCUGACCUCACACAGUUCCUCAGCAUUGGCCAGCAGAAGUCCUGAAUUGACAACCACACUACGCCUACCCUCUCCAAUAUUCUCUAUCUUGCUGAUAAUGCUGUCUCUCCUUCUUAGGUCGGAUAUAUGAUUAGUAUUAACAUCAGGAAGUUCUACGUUAACUAUUAUCAUCAGUGAUUUGUACCAAUAAGGAUGCAAAAUUAGAUUCAAUCCAAUUCCAAUGUAAAUAUGGGAUGUUUGUACAUUAUGAACUUAGGACGGAGGGUUGAGUAGGACCUUCGCUAUUCUGCAACUAUGAAACGGAAGCUGUUACUUGGAAGCCAAUGUUGUUGCCAUGGUUACAAAGUCUGGUCUCUGCUACAAAAAAUAUUUUACCAUGAUGAGGCUGGUGCUAUUGUUUGUGGGGCAGACAUUUCACGAUCUGGACAGUGAAGUAAAUCUGAAAUGACGUACUGAUCUCCCAGUGGCAUGCUAAAUAGGAUAAAUUACUUUGAGGAAAAUAAUGUUUUGGGUAAUAUUUUCUGUAGGAUAUAUAGGUUGUGCCAUGUUCUGCUGUGUAGAACACAGUGAUGUUAUUGGCCAGAUGACCAGGAAAACAGAUGUAUUCACAUAUACGAGAAGCUGUAUACAGGAUUAAUCCCAUGUAAUAUGUUCCUUUAUGUACCAGCUGCCUGUACAAGCCCUGGUCGGAGCAGUUGUCUCCUAUCUCCUGUGGCCUAUCUGGAUGUGCCAAACCUAUUUACUUUAGAUGAACAAAUCAAGCAAUUUUUUAUCUUUUGAAAUAUUUUUGCUGAAAUUCUUUUCAUUUUGAUAAACUAGUUUGAAAUAUGAAUUGUUACAGGAAGUCAGUGUACAUAUGAGAUGAAACAAUUGAAAUAUGUAGAGUUUUGUACUUGUCUGCACAUGGUUCGUGUUUGUUGUGGGCGGUCGGGAAGCCUUGUGGUUAAAGCAUUCGCUCGUCACGAUGAAGACCCGGGUUCGAUUCCCCACAUGGGUACAAUGUGUGAAGCCAUUUCUGGUGCCCCCUGCCACCAUAUUGCUGGAAUAUUGCUAAAAGUGGCCUAAAAAUAAACUCACUCACUCACUCACUGUUUGUUGUAGCUAUCAGGGGAGAUGAGGAUGAAUGUAUGGUUACCAGUUGAUUCUUACAUGAAUUUAGUGGUAACACAAACAGAUAGUAAUAGAUUCAACCAUACAGGAAGGUGGAAGGCCAUGCUCCACCUUGGACCAUUCAUUAAUGCAUAUAUUAAAAGAGCAAGGUCAUGUGACAAGAAUUAUGUCAGUCCUGCAAGAUCGUAGAAUGGGUAUAGAGGACAUACCAGCUUGUGUCAAUGUCAAUUGUACAAUGAAACAUUACAUGCAAUUUUCCAUCUGUUGUACCCCCACGGUAUGUCAUUACUUGCUGUUGUUAUGGCAUUACUUGGCCAUACCAUUAUUCAUCUGGCGCCGCUGCCGUUUCUCUUGCAGGAACUCACCAAUAGAGUGCUGUCAUGGUGAUGUGUUACCAUGGUGAUUCUGUAUCAAUGUGGAGUUUACAGAGCAUCUAUAGAUUGUUUCAUUAUAUUGUUAUAUUGUUAGCUCACCUGACUUGUUCCAUGAUCUGUUGUCUUUUAUUUAAUUGUUAACCUUGCCUCUGUUCACCCAGCAGAAGUGGGUACCCGGCGGGAUGUGACAUGUGACUAUUAACUUUCUAGCGCCUCACAGGCAUCUUGGGUUAUCCGGGGUAAUAAUAAUCUGAUUGUACGCUUUGAGCAGGAUAUGAAGCCUGGAACCCGUGUUAUAAAUACUCAGCAUUAUUAUUAUUAUUAACCAACCCAGCUGCCUGUGUUAAAUUGUUGAUGCAGGUCCACUUUUAUGAAGCCACUUUCUGGUGACCCUCAUCAUGAUGCUGCUGGAAUAUUGCAAGAAUAAGCGGCAUAAAACCAUACUCACUCACUAACUAUGACCAUAUAACAGUGCUGAAGAUACUGUCUUGUCCAUUGACUAAUUGAGUGUUUGGAUUCUCCAGUUGCUGAAACAUGCUAACAUUUCGUGUGAUUAGGUCAGGUGAGCUACGGAGCUUUCAGCUCUAUGUUUACAUUGUUAAUUGUUACUCGCAGAUAGAAGACAUAUUUUUUAUAGUUUUGUAAACAACUUCGCAGUAAAUGUUGACACGUUUCAUGCUGUGCGGAACAUCGUCAACGACAAGGUGGUCAUUGGGGUGACAGCCAUGAGACAACCAUUGUUUAUCUUUGAUUCUUUGUGGCAAAUAAACCAGAUAGUUCAGGAUCUCCUCCAUCAUGUCAAUAGAAUUGUUUCUUGUGUAUGAGAGCUCCCGAGGCAUUUGUAAAGAAACUCUGUCAUAAAACUCUCUUGAUUAAAACUUUUGGGUUCUUGAGGUCAUUUCUGAUUUGUUAUUCGUCUUUAUUGUUGGGAUGUAAAAGAUUAUUGAUACACUGUGAAUGUCUGUGUCUCUGUAAACUGGUGUUGUAAAGUGUGGCCCUAGAGGUCCUUAAGAAGAGAUCCUACAGUUGAGAUCCUACAGUUGAGUUGAGAUCCUACAGUUGAGAACCUUCAGUAGAGAUAAUACAUUUGAGAUCCUACAGUUGAGAUCCUUCAGUAGAGAUCCUACUGUUGAGAUCCUGUACUCUGGACCAUGUAGAAGAGAUCCUGUAGCAGAGAUACCAAACUCUGACAGGUCCCCAGCAUUGAUCCAAUCAAGGUGUCUAUAUUCGUCCUUUAUUUAUCAUUAGCUUGUUCCCAUUCUGUCCUGGGUGACAUCGGAGGUCAGUGUUUUGCUUGCAUAUCAUUAGCCUAUAUCGUUUUGCUUUGCUGUUUUGUAGGAUUUUAGCUCAUCUUUGAAUGUUUAUGUGACCGUCUGCAACCCCAUUGUAAGGUGUGAGGCAGGUUUUCUCUCCUUCAGCGCCUUGAUCAUCGAACAUCAGCAAUAACUGUGUAUGUUACGUCUUGUAUAAUUGCAUUGUCUUUGAUGCAUGAGAAAUGAACAAAAGACAUGUUUUCUUUCUUUGGUAUCAGCCCUGGACAUCAGCAAAAGAUAUUGUAUGUAUCAGAUAGGAUGUGUGUAUUCUCACUGUGGCUGUGUUCAGGACACAGGUCUUCACAUAUUGUGGCUGUGUUCAGAACACAGGUCAUCUCAUCUUGUGGCUGUGUUCAGAACUCAGGUCAUCUCAUCUUGUGGCUGUGUUCAGGACACAGGUCAGCACAUAUUGUGGCUGUGUUCAGGGCACAAGUCCAUUCCCUGAGUGACAGGUCAUCUCAUCUUGAGGCUGUUUUCGGGACACAGGUCAUCUCAUCUUGUGACUGUGUUCUGGACAUCUCAAAAUCACCUGACACAGCACCUGGAGGACACAGUCGUAAUGAUGCUGUCACCUGUAUGUGUUGGUAGGGAUUAUUAGGAUGGGAAAGGCUUGUUUUCCCCCAACAGAAUUUGACGACUGGCUUCUAUGCAGAUUAUUCAAGAAGAUUUAUGCUGGCAUUUACACAGCUCCUGAAAAGAGAUUCUUGUCACUAUGGUGACUGACGACAGUUAAAUAUGGCGUUCUGUACGUGCGGGCCAUUGUCCAGUCACGUGCUUCCUGUUCUUCAGGGUGAGAUCUUGCACUUUUCUUCAGGGUUCAUCCAAUGAGGAGAGAGUUGAAAGAGGUGGAUGACAUGGAUCCCUUCAACAAACCUAUCGUACGCUGUGGUCGUAACUCCCAUACUAUAACACAGACUUACUAAUCCUCUUACGCUACGAUCGCUUUGAGGAAGGGGAUGGGAACUUCAGUGUUGGAUAUAUGCAAGCUUCUUACUCUGUUCAAUGACUUAACACGUAAUCCUGUAUGAUUUUAUAUGUAGAAUUAGUUGACAUACCGGGAUAUACACUUGUAUCAACCUUGUACUUUGACAUGCCAGUUAUACAUGUUAUACCAUGCCCAAUCUUAAUCGUUGCUGUAACAGACAGGAUUGUUCCUUGUUCGCUAUAUAUGGGUGUACAGCUGUUGCUAUGAUACACAUGAUGCGGGGCAGUGUGGGAGAUAUUUGGUCCAAACAUCUGGACACUGUCUUUUGCACACUGCCCACUGUAUUUUUUGGUUUUUGUUUUAGAAAGGUCACGCAAUCUUGCUUGCCACUAUUUUCUUUCACUCUAAAUUCAUUCUUUGUAUUGCUUGUCAUUUUAAAGAUAUUUAGUCUUUAAUAAAACAUAGUUGAACAGUU